CCAAAAGGCAACUAAAUAGCGAGUGAGCCAUAAGCAAAGCCAGGAAAAUCCUACAAACUCGAGAAUGACUAUUCUCACUUCUGCAGCCAUAACUACCUCAGCCAUUACUUUUCCUCAACUCGACCUUCUUCAUCAAAGGCCAUGGUCUUUCUUCUCUCAUUCCCACCGAAACGUUUCAUUUUUGUCUUCUGGGUUCAAGAAGAGCAGAUGGUCCUUUUCAAAGAGCAUGAGGAACCCUACCAACUCAGCUGCCUUGCCCUUUGAUCUCUCUCCUCCCCCUAUUGAUCACGACCUUGUUGACGCCAUGGAAGCUGCUGGGGCAAAGGUCUCGGAUAAGGGGAUCAUUGAGACAUUUGAUAAUGACGAUGAAGCGUUGGAUGCGGUCGACAAAGGUGUUGCGGUGGUCGACCUUUCACAUUUUGGCCGAAUAAGAGUCAGUGGAGAAGAUCGUAUCCAGUUUCUUCACAACCAAACAACUGCAAAUUUUGAAUAUCUUCAUGAGGGAGAGGGAUGUGACACUGCCUUUGUUACACCAACUGCUCGGACAAUAGAUAUUGCACAUGCAUGGAUCAUGAAAAACGCUGUGACUUUGUUGGUUUCACCUGAGACUGGCGGGAGCAUUACUGAAAUGUUGAAUAAAUAUAUAUUUUUUGCUGAUAAGGUAGAGAUCCAAGAUAUAACUAAGCAAACAUCCUUCUUAGUUUUGGUGGGACCUAAAAGCAACCAACUUAUGGAAGGGUUGAAUCUCGGUGAUCUUCUUGGAAAACCAUAUGGAACACACCAACAUUUUAGUGUUAAUGGGAUGCCCAUAACUGUGGGGGUGGGAAAUGUCAUUUCUGAAGAGGGCUGUUCACUGUUAAUGUCACCAGCUGCUGCUGAGACUGUCUGGAAGACUAUUCUUUCCCAAGGUGCCAUCCCAAUGGGCUCCAAUGCUUGGGAGAAACUAAGAGUUCUGCAAGGAAGACCUGCUCCUCACAAAGAGCUUACCAAUGAAUUUAAUGUCUUGGAGGCUGGUCUCUGGAAUUCAAUCUCUCUAAACAAAGGGUGUUACAAAGGACAAGAGACUAUAUCUAGACUGAUAACCUAUGAUGGUGUCAAGCAGAGAUUGUGGGGGAUUUCUCUUUCUACAGCAGCAGAAACAGGCAGCCCUAUUGUUGUUGAUGGUAAAAAGCAUUUGUGUAGGUGGGGAAGCUGACUAGCUGUGUUCCUGGACGAAAUGGAUCUGAGUAUGUUGGCCUAGGCUACAUUAAGAGAAGAGCUGCGUCAGAAGGAGACACUGUGAUUGUAGGAGACUCUGCUACUGGUACCGUCGUAGAGGUUCCUUUUCUUGCUAGGCAACAACCUUUAUCGAACAGUUCAAGUUCUUGAACCCUUUUCUACACUAAUCUAGAUUAUAAAUAGAAUCCCAAAUUAUCGAUAGUGUUUAUUGAGGUCAAUAAAGGGGUGAUCAAUAUGUAUGUUUGAAAUUCUAAAGCAGAUGGUUUGAGUUUAAUUGAGAGAAGCAUAAUUUACUUGUGCACAUGAUAUCUAUUCCUCUGUUAAGUAAUUGAUUGGCUACUUAGUCAUCGAGUUUAAGA